CAUAGAUCCAGCAAAAUACUCGAACAACAAAACAAAAGUUAAAAAGACAUGAAACAACAACAUUACUUGGUCGUCGUCUUCUUUGUCCUUUUCAGCUUUCUCCUGUUUGUGAAUCUGAGUGAAGGAAGAUCAGGAGGAGUUGCAGAAGAAUAUUGGAAGAAGAUGAUGAAGGAUGAGCCAUUACCUGAACCAAUCAAAGAUCUUCUCAACAAUCCAUUUAGGACAGGACAAGAGAGGUUCGUCAAAGAUUUUAACACCAAGUCUAUCGUCAUCAUCUACCACAAUCCUAAUGUAUAAUCAAUUAAAAUCAUAUAAUUUGGCUCUGCGUUUAUGUAUGCAUCAGUUUACACAUGCACCAUAUAAGUGUGUAUUAAUUAAGCAAAUAACACAUGCUUGAGUUGUUGUAGACUUAUACAGUUAUACUUACUAUAGUUUAUAGUGAAGAAAUGUUAACCCUAUGCUUCAGACGUUGUUUGUUUGAUAUAUCAAAAACCAAUCUACUGUUUGUAUUUUUUCUCUCUUUUUCCUAUAUUUUGUGAAGUUUGUGUAAUUAAUAUUCUUCUAACAUUGAAGUUUAUUUAAUUCUAUUCUUGAAACAUAAAAGAAUAUUAUAUUCAAUUUAAGAUUUGUAAUGAUUUGAUACAAUUGUGAUAUCGUGAUAUCGUGUCAAGAGUCUAAUAUCAAUCAAAAUAAGUCAUCCUUAAAGUUACAAAGUAAAAAAACAAUAGUGUAUUUCAUAAAUGUUAAUAACGUGGACACCAGUCACACCACCAACGGUUAGUGAUAUCGUGUCAAGAGUCAAAAUCAAUAAAAACAAGUCAAUCUUAAAGUUACAAAGUAAAAAAAAAACAA